AUGGAUACUUAUAUUACCAGACAAUUCAAUCGUAUUAACUUUAGUACUAUCAAGUUAAAAUUUGUGUCCGUACCCUGUUUCCUUGUUCUUCUCGACCAAGAGGUCGUUGAGGCGCUUGACAUCCUCAAACUCGCCGUUGAGUGUGGACCCGAGAAUGGCGGCAACACAAAUUGUGUUCUCGUCAACCAUCUCGACCGCCUUCUCCGGGUCCAUCACAUAGUACCCGUCCCUGAGCUUCACUUCCUUGAGCUCGACUUCAAAGUAGCGGGCGAACUUCUCCCAGCAGACCUGGACAUUGGCCCCAGUCACGAUGCGAGGCCCGCCAACAUUAUGGCCUCCGACGAUCCCACAGUCCCGACACCGACUGCAGCCUCGCUCUCACCGAGGGGCGCGUUGAAGAGGUGCGCGAUCAUGUUCACGCAACGGUUCUGGUUUAGUCAAAAUGUUGACCGUUAG